AAGGCCAAGCCCAUCACAACCCCCAAUCCCUCGAAUCAUGGCCCACUGCGAGCGGGCUUCGAAGCCUCUGCUCCAAUGCCUUCGCAAUACCUACUCUAGAGGCGUGGCUGGAGUUCAGCUCCAAACGCGAGCCUUCCAGUCGACCGCCAACGUUCGAGAGCCCGAAGCUGAAACUCCGAGCCAACCUUUCCACAAGGCACCCGAUCCCUCUCUUGUGACGAGUCCCCGUCUUGAACGACGGUUGCUCCGACAGGGAACCGCCCCCAUUGGAUCUCGUCGUCGCCGUGCCGCGCUCCAAGAUUCCGAGAACAUUCCUUUCGAACAGCUCCCCUACCAAUGUUUCCAAGAAGCCCGGAAGAUUUUGCUUGCGGACCGCGAAGAAAAGUUGAAGGAGAUUGAGACGAUGAGACAGCGCCUUGCCAGACAGGAGGCUUUGUCUGUUGAGGAGGCCGGAGGAGAAAAGGCGAAGAAGUCCCGUGUUACUGCGAUGCAAUUACACUUGGAGCGCCUCAAGGUUCUGGCCGAUAUUAACGACCCCCUUGUCAAGCGAAAGUUUGAAGAUAAUGAAGGUGACAUGUCCAAGCCCAUCUACCGCUUUUUGGCAGACCGCAAAUGGCGUGAAUACCGCCGCAAGAUUCAGGUCCAGCGUAUCACCCAGAUGAAGGUCAUUCCCGAUGUCCUGCCUCACUGCGACCCCGUCGUCGAAACAAAGUUGUACUUCGGCAAGCGACAAGUCCAAGCCGGUGAAUUCGUCGAAGCGAAGCUUAGCACAAGCGCGCCUAAACUCGAUGUGCAAAUGUUCGAGGGUGGUGAAAAGUUGGUCACUAUUGCAGUUGUUGACCCUGAUGUCCCCAACGUCGAGAACGACAACUUCGAUUAUAAGACACACUUCCUGGCUGUCAACGUCCCCAUCUCGGCCACCGCCACCAAGGUCGAUCUUGCGCAGCUUUUGGAAGAUUCCCAGGUCGUUCUCCCCUGGCUACCACCUGUUGCCCAGAAGGGAAGUCCCUACCACCGUCUUUCUCUCUUCAUCAUGGAGCAGAAGGAUGCCCAGCCUCUCGACUUUGCCGCCGUGAAGGCUAAGGAGAGCAGCCGCGACAACACUCUGCUUCGCACUCUCCAGUCCCGUUACCACCUCAAGGCCAUCGGUGCUCACCUGUUCCGUACCCAAUGGGACGACACGACCCUGGAGGUUAUGAAGGAGAUCGGAUUCGACGGUGCCAAUGUGGAGCUGCGCCGCAAGAGAGUCGAGCCUCUGCCCUAUAAGAGACGUAACCCCUCUUCGUUCCGCUGAUCUUGUUUGUCUUCAAGCCUUUGUAUUGUACAAUUUGAUAUAUGUAUGAAUAUGCACACUGUUUUAAU